AUGGAAGAUCAUAUCAAACAUAAUCAUCAUCUCUUUCACAAACUCCAUCACUUUCUUCACAACUUCAAAAAAUCUCUCUUUUCCAUUCUCUUCAUCCUACCUACACCUUUCCUUGCUCUUCUCAUUCUCUUUCUCUUAUCUUACAAUGCUUUCUCCAUUUUCAGCAUUCACAUUCCUCAUCAUGAGUCCUCAAAUAAACCUCUCGUUCUUCCACCACCAUCUCACACCAAAAUCAAACUCUUUUCUUCCGCGGUUUACGCUCGCAACGAAGAUUCAUCACCAAUCAUCUACAAAGGAGAUAAAAAACACAAACAUGGCUUAAACACCUUGCCUUCAGAAACAAGUUUCCCACUCUUUGAAAAAAGACUCGAUGCAUUUUUCACUCCAAACUCUUCUUCUUCUUCUUCAUGCAAGGUUAGGUUUUUUAUGACUUGGAUUUCACCCUUGAAAUCAUUUGGUGAGAGAGAGUUGUUAUCAAUUGAAAGCUUGUUCAAGUCACACCCAAAAGCUUGUUUGGUGAUAGUUUCAAAAUCAAUGGAUUCUCAUCAAGGAACUCAAAUUCUAAGACCUUUUAUAAAAAAAGGCUUUAGAGUCAUUGCUAUUGAACCUGAUUUCAACUAUAUAUUCAAAAACACUCACGCAGAAUCAUGGUUUAAUCGAUUAAUACAAGGGAAUGUGAAUCCAGGUGAAAUCUCCCUUGGCCAAAACCUCUCAAAUUUACUUAGACUUUCUCUCUUGUAUAAAUAUGGAGGUAUUUAUAUAGAUGCUGAUGUAAUGAUCUUGAAGAGUUUUUCAAAUCUAAGAAACACUAUUGGAGCACAAAACAUUGACGCCAAAACAAAGAAAUGGAGUCGUUUGAACAAUGCUGUGUUGAUAUUUGAUAAAAACCAUCCUUUGCUUUUGAAGUUCAUUGAGGAAUUUGCCCUAACUUUUGAUGGAAACAAGUGGGGGCAUAAUGGUCCUUAUCUAAUAUCUAGAGUAGUUUCUAGAGUUAGUGGAAGAGAAGGGUUUAAUUUUUCUAUAGUUCCACCUUCUGCAUUCUAUCCUGUGGAUUGGAGAGGUAUCAAGAGUUUGUUUAAAGGGCCUAAAGAUGAAGUUCAUUUAAAAUGGUUGGUUAAGAAAAUGAAGCAAAUUAGAGAAGAAAGCUUUGCAGUGCACUUUUGGAAUAGGCAAAGUAGGAAUCUUAAGGUUGUAAAAGGAAGUAUUAUUGAUAGUAUCAUUUCUAGUUGUUGCAUUUUUUGCAAUAUUUAA